AAAGCGCUCUCUAGUGCUAAAAAUCAAGACAGAUUUUAAAUACUUCGAUGUUGAGUCAAUCGUGCUCCUUCUUAAAACUAUUUAUUCUAAGACGGUAAUAAAUAAGCAUAAAUUAUAGAUGGAAAAAAUUUCUCAAAUCUCAAAUUUUAAGGUACUAUAGUAUAUGCUAACGUUUUUUAUAUUUUAUGAGAUAAAUAAUAAUAAAAUGUGAUAACAUUCAGUUAAUAAAGUCUGAGUGAGACACAAAUAUUUAGAAAAAACAGAAAUAAGCCGUGAUUAAAUUUUAAUUAAAAAAAAUGUAAUACAUAACCAUAAAACACCACUCCGACUCGAGAAAAGAGACAGGUAGGCUCGCGCUACACACUCACACAUAUACAUGUGUUGGACCGUGUACUUGGCGCGAGACACUACCGUGUCUCUGGAUUAUUGUAUCUGCUAUACAAAAAUUGGAAUUUUAACCAUCUAAAAUGAGCCAACUGCUCGGAUUAUGUUUUGCGAAUAAAUCGAAUCCAAUAAUUAUGAGUGUAGACUUGGUGGAUUCAAUCGAUCAAUAUUUAUCGAGUGCUAUAAAAGCACCAAUUACUGUGAUUAACCACAAAUUCAAAUCGAAAAAUAUUAUUCCGUAUCACCCUUCGCAUCCCACUUACGUGAUAUCUGCUGAUUUAACUGAUGAACUUGAAACUCUUCUUCAUGAAUUCAAAUCAUCUCCUGCCUGGAAUAUUGUCUCUCAUUUCUUUGUUGUUGGAACUGAUAAAAAGUCCUGUCAAGACAAUGCAGCAAAGGUUCUCCAAUUAUUAUGGAGAUCGGAUUUAUUGUCAUCAUUCUAUUUAUGCCCCGAGACCAGCAAUGACACAACAAUAUAUACUUUUAAUCCCUUCACUAAUUAUGCACCCGAUCCGUGGGUACAAGUGGAAAUAACUGAUAAACCUGAUAGUCGAUGGACGUUGUUCAAACAACUAUUUGUCAAAGAUCCAAAAAUCUGUCAUAUUCUUCAGUUCGAUAAAACCAAAAUUUUGGAUGGUUAUAGUGUGAAGACUCUUUCAGAUGGGGGAGAGAUUGAAUUUUUCAAGAAAUCUAUAGUUCCAAGCUUAAACCUUACGUACAGUGAUAGGUAUUAUAAUAAAUCGAUAACUACACUAUCGAAUAUUUACUAUGCAUUAAAUAAUAAUAUAAGUGAUGUUGGUGUAAUAACAGCUCCGCUUGAUUCGAUUAAUUAUACGUUGAGUGAUAUUAUUUUCUUGAAUUUCGAACUAAGUUUGUUAAUAGCUACACAAAAGCGAAGUGUUAUAAACCCAUUUAGUGAACUUAAUUUUAUAUUUAAUGUUAAUACUGUUAUAGUCAUGGUAAUUAUUUUCUUAUUAAUCAUUGUAAUAAUAGGACUGAACAAUAGGUAUCGAUUUGGUGCAGCUUUUUUAGAUGUCUAUCUGAUGUUGUUAAAUAUGGGGAUUUUGUUACCUCUUAACAGAUUAGCUAUGCGCAUAAUUUUUUUUUUUGCGUUCUUUUACAUAUUCAUGGUAAGUCCAUUCCUGCAGGGCGAAUUGUUUGCAGCUUUAGCGAAACCUAAAUAUCACAAUAUUGAAAGUCUUACGGACUUAUAUCAAUAUAAAUACCAUGUACAUUAUUUUCGCGCUCUAGAUAACGAUAUUAAAAAUGAGGGAUUAUGGACAACUGAUUCAGAUAUGCAAUAUUUACACUCUGAUGAUGAUCCCUUUUCAUGGGAUUGUUUAGAACUAGCUAGCAAAGAUGAAACUGUAGCGUGUAUUUACCCAGCUGACUUUAUAUUGAACUAUGCUUUUAGAUAUGGAUUACAUGUAUCUAAUAAGUUACUAUUUCCAACUAGUUGUAUUUAUAAUGCCCGUAAACACUGGGCCUUAAAAAGUCGCGUUGAUCAGAAAGUUUUACAUUUCAUUGAAGCUGGUGUUAUUAAUCGAUACGAGAGGCUUGCAGUCAAUAAUCUGUUAAAAAAAAUGAAGGCUAUUGAUAAAAUUAAAAAAUCUAACCAAUCAGAAAUCAUAGACGGUGAUGAUUUAAUGUAUGCGUUUGUAUUAAUGGGACAUUUAUUACUUUUGGCUAUAGUCAUAUUUGGUAUUGAAAGGCUGAAUAGAAUCAUAAGACCUCCGAGGCAAUUAGAAAGGGAAAAUGAGGAACUACAAGAAGAAAUUGUGUUCAUUAACGAAGAUAGAGUCGUUCUUGAUUGAUACGUGCGUGUAUAAUUAUACAAUCUUUUACGAUUAUUUCUGUCUAAUAAUUGAUUGUCUUGUAGGGGAAAGGGGGGUAAAAUGUGCCCCGUAAGAAAAAAGAGCUCAUAUUUUCAGUGAUUCUCACUUGUUUUACUUCUUUUUAGCCCCUUACCAUGUUUUUGGUCUCAAUAUACCGCUUCUGUUGAAAAUUAAAAAUGGGCCCCCAGCAUAAAAAGUUUUAAUAUUUGAUUUAUUUUACCCCUUUGAGUUUUUUAAGUCUUCUGCCAUGAAUUUGAUAUCAAUAUGCGCCAAGAUAAAAAAUUCAAAUUUUGGGCGAAAUAGGCCCUCUAAAAAAUAUGCUCAAAUUCAAUUAUUAGCUUAUUUCAUCUCCAUAGUAUAUUACACAUCAAGAGAGAAAAGUCGGGCAUUUCAAACCACAAUCUCAAACACUUUGCAGGGAUUCCUUAUUCUUGAAUCAUUUAAAUUAAACAAAAAUUUUGGGGCGCCUAUUUUGUCCCCAGCGGCCCAUUUGCUCCCCGCUCUCCUGGGUGGACUCUCGUAAUUUAAUUAUGAAAAAUCAAACAAUAUUACCAUUUUCUAAUUAACAACUCUAUGAUGCUUGGAAAUCUUGUAGUAAAAAUUCAUCUAAUUGAAGUAUUUAUAUAAAUUUAUAUUUAUCAAAUAAUUUUCUGUCACAUCGUGUUGAUUGUUUUAUCGUUAGUCGAAUACUUUUGUUGUGAUUAUAGUAAAUGAUCUUGUUGUAAAAUUAUGGACUUGUAAUGUA